AUGUUCAAUCAAAUGGUGAUCAAGAAGCUUUAUUCAAGUAAUGUUAAUAAAAUUAUGCAAAUGCAUACAAAGUGGUUGGAUAGGAAUUUCUAAGAUUCUUUAAUAAUUAGCCAUCCAAAGAUAGAUAUGGUCCACCAGAAGAGAUCUGAUUAUUAUAACAUCAUUACAAAACAUUAUUUUAUAUAAAAUAUAAAAAUGAAGAAGCUGUUCUAAAAAAAUUUUAAGUAUAAUGCAUGGAGAUAUAAGAAUAUUUUUGAAUCGUUAGAAAAAUAAGAAAACUAUUAACAAUUUAUCAUCUAAAAUUAGUAAUUAUUCUUUAAUAAUGUACUUGGAACUAUGAAACAUCUUUUAGCAGCAGAUUAUAUUUGGUAUGGAAGGAUAAUGAACUUAUAAAGCAUAGAAGUUCCCUUUUUGAUUGAGGAGAACAAAUUAAAAAUAGAUGUAAAAUGUUUUCAGUAUUUUUUAAAUAGUUAAAAGAACUAAUUUUAUUAUGGCAAAGUGAUGAUGAUAAAAUAUUUGAUAAGCUGCCAUUUGAUUAUCAGUAAACUAAAUCCUUACUCUUGGAUAUAAAUUAAGUAUUCUAAUAACUUAUAGAUAAAUGUGAUGAUGCUUUCUUUGAUAAACAUUUUGAAUAUUCUGAUAGCAAUGGAGUCUAAUAGAAAAAGGACGCAUAAACUGUAUUUUACCAUCUUAUUAACCAUCAUACGCAUCACUUAGGAUAAAUAUCCGCUGCAUAUACAUAGUAAUAUGGAAGAAAAGAUUUCUUUUCGACUGAUUUUAUAUAUUUUAAAUGA